CUUCUGGGGUUUCACUCGACGCCGAGGCUCUGCGGCGAGUGAUUAUGGCCUCCUGCGCCCGGCUCACUUUGGCCCACUGGACCGCCGCGGCCACCUUUCUGGUCGCCGCCACCUACCUUGCAGGAUUCCCAUUAUGCAGUGGACAACUUGAUGCGCUGCGACAACUGCGGCAAGAUGUUCCCGGCGACAUGUUCCUCCUGGACAGAGACAACAAGACGGGCAACUCAUCCAAAGACUGUCUGCAGAAGAGCGAAAAGCUGCAGUGUCCUGACCCUGACAUUCGGUUUUAUCUCUACGUCGGAACCUCAGGAGAGGCCGACGAAAUCAACACGACCGACCCUGAGUGGUUUGCGCAGAGCCAAUUCAACCCUGACGCACCCACGGUGAUGCUGGUGCACGGAUACCGAGGCGGCGACUCGCUGAUGCCCACAGUCGUUUUAAAAAAUGCCUACAUCAAAUUAGGAACCUACAACCUAAUCACCGUGGAUUACGGCCCAUUGGUGAGGACACCGUGUUAUGUGCAAGCGGUGAACAACCUGAAGCCGGUGGCCAAAUGCAUCAGCCACAUGCUCUCCUAUUUCCGACUGAACAACGUUUACACAGAAAAAUUUACAUGCGUGGGAUUCAGUUUGGGCUCCCACAUUUGCGGACUGAUCGACAAUUACGUAACUGAAAAACUGGAGAGAAUCAUUGCUCUGGACCCUGCUCGUCCUUUGCUGUCAAACCGUCGGGACAACCAGAAGCUGGAUCCGAAGGACGCCCAGCAGGUGCUGGUGUUUCACACCAACGCCGGUUUCUACGGACAGACGGGCUGGACCGGCACCAUCGAUUUCUGCGUCAACAAUGGCGCUCAGCCCUAUUGCCAAAAGACGAGAAGGCUCGUCCGUCGGCCGAGUUUAGAUGAACAGCUUUGCAGUCACGCGCACGCCGUUUGCUACAUGGCGCAGAGUUUGUGGAAGGAAAGAGCUCAAAUGGGCGAGCCCUGCGCCAACCGGUGCCCCCAGAACAAUUUCUUCGAUCGCAGAGGCAUCCCUGUCCCUAUGGGCGAAUUCACACCCUCAUAUGCUACUGGAACUUUCUGCGUGAAAAAUGAAUUUCCUCCCUAUUGCCUGGGCGCUGAUGAAACUGACCCUACUUUUGGGGAUGAAAGGUGCUGUCCCGUCUACCCAAAUAAAACAAGAAAGAGGAUUGGACAAAUGCUAAGCGAACGACGAACGCAACGAAGAUGGAAGAUGUGGAACCGAUUUGAAGACGAUUAUCUCUAGAGAGAAAAAGGGCUACUUUUUUCUAAUUUUUUAUAUUAAAAAAACGUAAUUUAUUUUUUACCUGUGAGAGUUUUUGUUAAAUAAAAAGAAAAUAAACAAAUAUAAA